AAGAUGGCGGCGCUGGGAGCCCCGCUGCGCACCCUGCGCGCGCUCCUGCGCGAGCUGCGCCACGCCGCCGGCCGCUCCUAUCGCGACAGCCCCGCCUAUCGGCACGUGCUCGCGGGCUUCCGCGCGCACCGGGUGACCAGCGAGAAGCUGUGCCGGGCCCAGCAGGAGCUGCACUUCCAGGCCGCCACCUACCUGUGCCUGCUGCGCAGCGUCCGGGAGCACGAGGCCCUGCACCGCGAGUACCACGGCAGGGGAGAGCGCUCGCCGCAGGAGGUCGCCGGGCUCGUGGGCUUCAGACUGCCGCAGCAGCCGGGAGGGAAGGGCUGAGGCGGGACUGCUGUGCUCAGUGUUUAUUCCUCAAUGAAUAAAUAUAUAUCCU